AUGGGCAAGCUAACUGAAAUCAUCCAUCAAGAAAGCAAAUACCAGCAAUCGCGCUGCAAUUUGCUCGACUACUACUCUGACUCGGAGCUGGUGGACUACUACUAUCACAGCAACAUCAACAUCACUCGGCCAUUUAUCAAGUUCAGCCACUACAACACCAUCAUGUACACCAAGUACAUUUUCCAAAAAUUGACAAAUUUCCUAAUCUCACAUCCUCACUUGGACCACGUCUCCUCGCUAGUGAUAAACUCGGCAGGUUUCGCAACAAAUAAUCCACCAAAGCAAAUAUACGGUUCUUACUAUACCAUAGACUCCCUACAAAACCACUAUUUCAACGGUAUAGUCUGGCCCAACAUGCCCGAUUUCGAUAUUGUCAAUCUCAACCAACGUAAAUUCAAACAAGUUUUCCAUGUGGGAAACUACAAGAUCAAGAUGUUUCCCUUGAGCCACGGGGAACUCAACCUCAUAGAAAAGAAAAGUCGCCACAAGGUCAAGUUCAAAAAUGGGUCCACUUCCAUCAAGGCAGACAAUGAUGACCGCGAACAAGGUACACCUGUUGCUGCAGAUUCCAUUCCACCGCGUCGUCAUUCAAGCGUCACCACCAUACCUGCAGGUAUAAACGAUGACGACUACGUCAAGACCAAGAUCUACGAAGGUUUCCAGCCAAAUGGCUCGCGGCAUAAUAGCAGCGCAAGUAGCAUCGGCGGAAACUUGGACGAAGAAGCAGUCAAGUCCCACUACUUAUCGCUGGCUUUCCUUAUUUCACGGAAUUUCAAAAACACCACCAACGACGCUGAUAUUUCGUACCUCUUGGUAUUUGGAGAUUUCGAAAGUGACAGCAUAAGUCAUUUGGAUUAUAAUUUACGUAUAUGGCAAGAAAUUGCACCGCUUGUCAACAAGGGACAAAUGCAUGGCAUCAUACUUGAAUGCUCAAACAGUUUUGAGAUUGAUGAAAACAAACUAUAUGGGCACUUGACCCCGCGACACGUGAUCCACGAGUUGCAGCAAUUAGCCAGUGAAUGCCAACGGAUCAAGAUCGAUGAAGAAAACGAAGAGCUGCAAGCACUCAAGGGAUUGAACAUCAUUAUCAACCAUGUUAAAGAGCCAAUAUUGUCCAAUUACCGACAAAUCAAAGAUCCAAGAAAACAAAUUCUAAAAGAGUUGAAUAAAUUGAAUGCUCAGGAGAAUAUGGGCAUACAAUUCUCAGUAGCAUUGAGUGGAACUUCCAUAAUUAUAUAG